AUGCUGGGUCUUGGAGCAUAUGAAAGCAGCAGCGAGGAUGAAGUUGACCAAAAGUGUGCUUCUUCGCAGAGACAAGUAAUAAAAGAUCGGCCAGAGUUAGCCUUUAAAACAGAGGAAAAUAAAGAAUUUGGUGAUGGGCCCAAGACCCCAAAAAAUACUAUAAAUCCAGACCCCAGUGGACCUGUUCUCGGCCCAUUGCAUCAAGAAACCCAUUCUUCAGAUAUUCACUCGUUGGAUGGACAUUCCUCACCAUACUCAACGUCGCACACAUUGGUUCAUGAUUUAACACUUCCGCCGGUGCCUAAUCUAGACAUCCCACCAUCCCCCCCUGGAACCCCUAAUCCUACAGCAAAUGCAAAGUUUGCCCAUUUUUUGACAUUGAAGGAACAAGAAGUUCACUUUAACGAGAAGCUAGCCAGUUCAACAUCAUUGAAGAACCAAGAUUUGCUCGUGAAGCUGAUGGAUCACAUGGGCCUUUAUGGUCAGGUGCAAUACUAUACGUCUUUACCACUUGAUCUGUGGGAUACAUCGUGUCUACCGAGUUGGGGUUUCAAGGAAGAACUCCUGAAGACACAGAAGGAAACUCGUAAUAGCAUAGAAGACCAGAGGCUUGCAAGCCAAAGGGAUACAAUUGGUUUUGUGAAUGCGACUAGUGAAACGAGUCACACGGGAACUGUCCUCAACUCAAAGAAGAGAUUAAGAGCUCCGUCAGCUCUGACUGCCUAA